AACUUCACUCUUUUAUCUGACCUGUCAUCUUUUAACUGCACGCAAAGAAAAUUUUUCACGAAACAAGGUUCUAUUUUACAAUUGAAAUCAAUUUUAUUGCAAUCAAAUCCGGCAUUUAUAUUCAAUUGGAAAACAUCAACGAACUAUGACAGAUACUCCUGCUGUAAAAGUCGAGUCCGAAUCAGAAGCACUAUCUGAUAUACCGGAUUCCAGUAGCGCUGUGUUUGAGUCUCCAGACGCUUUGAAAACAGCGACCAGUUCGUCUCACCACGACUCCGAAUACGAUACAGCCAGCGACACUCCUUCAUCGGAUUUGGAUGAGGAUGAAGACUUUGAGGACGACGACGUGGAUGACAAUGGUGAAGACGGUAGUGUUGUCCUGGAAUUAGAUCAUCAAAGAGCUGACGGUGAAGACGAUGGAGAAAAAAAGAAAGUUGAUGAUGAUGAGGAUCGAUCUAACCCUCAAUAUAUACCGAAACGAGGUGUAUUUUACGAACACGAUGAUCGUACAGCUGAGGAACCUGAAGCUGAGCGAAAGGCCGACGAGGAAGGUAAAGAAGAAAAAAGUGACUCUCCUACACCUGUUGUUAAAAAGCCUGUCAAGAAGUCAGCCGCCGCUGAUCGUUGGUCACAUGACAAAUACAAUGAAACUGAACAAGCACCAAAAUCUCGUGCAGAACUGGUGCAUUCCUAUGGGUAUGACAUUCGCAACGAGGACGGACCACCUCGAUCAAGACGAAGAAGACGUUAUGGUCGCGGUCCGAAUAAAUACACACGCAACUGGGAGGACGAGAAAGCGUAUGCUAAAUUGACAUCUCAACAGGAGAAACAGCAGCGCAAUCCACAGGACGAAUUCCCCGAACUCGGAAGUUCUCGGAAAUCAAAGGCCAGUGCUAGAGAUGAAAAAGAAAAUAAAAAUGAUGAGAAUCGUCGAUCGAACAGAUCGCCGAAUCAACGUUCACAUCAAAUCCAUCAGGAUAGUGGCCACCGUUCACACAGUGAUCGCUACGAUCGUUCGUACAACAAUGACUUUGAUGGAAAUCGUCCACAUGACAGUCAACAGAGCUACGAAAUGAGCCGUUCACAUAGUGAUGGAAAUCGUUCGCAAAACGACCGGUUCGAUGGGAACCGAGGUAAGUUUUUCGACAAUAACAGGCAUGAAGGGAAUCGACAACAAAACGACCACUAUGACAAUAAUCGUUCAAACAGUCGCUAUGAUGGCAACAGUCGAUAUUCAAAUGAUCAAAAUGAGAGGAAUCAAAGCGACCGCUAUGAUGGUAAACGGUCAAGUGAUAGAUUCGAUGGAAGUCGGAUUGACCGAUACGAUCAACGCAUGGACCGCAGUGGUGAUAAAGGCAAUUGGGAUAGAAGAGGCGGCAAAACGAACGACAAUCGAGGUGGAGCAUAUCGGGAAUUCACACCGAAGAAUCAGAAUCGCAACCAUCACCCAAACAAUGCACCACAAAGUCAAUCUGGUGGUAAAGGUUUUAAUCAGCGACAAAACCAAUCUGCCGAAUAUGAAUCGGAAAUGCCUGUCGAAUCGCUCAGUUUCACUAACUCGAAGCUGUCCGCUGCUGUACCACAGUCAAUGAACGAUAGAUAUUCCUCCAAUGCAGACUAUGCACAAAUGGACGGAUCUCGGCAACGCAAUGUUAGCGAAACCGAUCGCCCUGAGCGUCCGAUAACUGGGCGUCAGCUGGGAUCGUCGUCAAGGAAUUCAAAUCAAAUUCAACAGUCAUCAUUACCCAUAGUCAACUCAAUUCAUGCUCAACAGCCAUCGAUGAACAUUCAGCAACAGAUAUCGUCGCAAUCACAACCACCACAACACUUGCCACAGCAGCAACAACCAAACACUAAUUUGAUGGGUACUGAAUCUCGAUCUGCAAAACGUUAUUCGACACUACGUCAACGUACCACUGAAGCCGUACAAAAUUUGUCAAUUCCACAGCAUCUCCAUGAGCAGCAAAUGCUUUUGCAGGAUGCUGCACUAAUGUUGCAAAUGCAGCAAAACCAAGAACAAAUUCAAAUCCAACCAAAUCUUGCCCAUCAGCCACCAUCGACAAAUUAUGCAGCCCAGCAAAUGCCACUGCAAAUUCAAAAUGAAUAUGCAGCACUAGGACCCAAGUCACAACCAACUGGAACCGCUCAACCGAAUCAACAGCCACUUAUUCAAACAGCCACUCAAAAUCAGUCUACAGGUCAAACGGCGCAGUAUCCGUCACCGUACUUCGCAUCGAAUGAAUUUUCUGGACAGGCUUCAACGCCAAUCCAGCCUACUGCUCAGUCGACGCAGCUACUGAGCUCACAACAAUAUCCGGCACAAUAUGCGCAGCAACCAACUGCUCCGUCCCCAUACGGUCAGCCUCCGCCACAAACGCCGUACAUUCAGCCGGCAGUGAAUCAACAACAACAACUUUUGAACUAUGUCCCUUCGAUUCCACCCGCUCAGCAACCAUUUUCAACGGUCCAAUCAUUUUCAACCUAUCCAACCGUUCCCAACUAUAAUUCGGUACCGAGUGGCAUUACACAGAGUGGCAUUACAUACUAUCCACCACAAACUCAACCUCGUCCAAUCUUGUCUCAACGACGUCCCACCAAUGCGAUCCCAAUCUUAGCUCCAUCCGAACGAUUUGCCGGUAAGGCUCGCAAUCGUCAGAAUAACAAUCAGUUCGAGGAAGACGACAAAUCGGCAUUAAAUCCACCAAUUAGUCCGGAAAAUAUCGACCAUAUCUUGGAUAACAUGUUCACGCAGCGAAGCACACAGCGUCCACCGUUUCAGCCACCCUCACAAAAAUCACCAUCACCCGAGUCGAAUGCUAAGGUCGGUGACAAUCAACAAAACGAAUCGGUCCAGAACGUAACAACCGCAUCAACAUUCGAUGGAGGAAACAAGCAGUUGGAAUUUGUUGAUGCAGCAAUCGGUAAAAUGUCAAUUGAUGAAAUCUCGAAAUUAGACAGUGCAACAGCUCCGAAUGAAACUGUAGCAGAUUCAACAGCAAGUUGAAUU